AUGUCGGAGGGGUGGAGCGAGGAAGGCUUCUCCUCCUUCAACGUGAGCUCCAUCAACGCCACGGACUGCGACCCUCUCCACUCCGCCGACCGAACCGACCAAGGCGCGGACGGCGCGGCGGCGGUGCGCGUCGUCGUCUCGGUGGUGUACUCGCUGGUGUGCGCGCUGGGUCUGGUGGGCAACGUGCUGGUGCUCUACCUGAUGAAGAGCAAACACGCGUGGAAAAAGUCCUCCAUCAACCUCUUCGUCACCAGCCUGGCCGUGACGGACUUCCAGUUCGUGCUGACGCUGCCCUUCUGGGCGGUGGAGAACGCGCUGGACUUCACCUGGCCGUUCGGGCGCGCCAUGUGCAAGGCGGUGUCGUUCGUGACGGCCAUGAACAUGUACGCCAGCGUCUUCUUCCUCACCGCCAUGAGCGUGGCGCGCUACAGCUCGCUGGCGUCCGCGCUGAAGGGCCGGCGGCGGCGGAGGCUGCGGUGCUCGGCGCGCUGCGUGGCCGCCUCCAUUUGGGUGGCGGCCGCCUGCGCCGCGCUGCCCCACGCCGUCUUCUCCACCACCGUCCCCGUCUCCGGCGAGGAGGACCUGUGCCUGGUGAGGUUCCCCGGCAGCGACGGCAGCGCGCAGCUGUGGUUGGGGCUCUACCACGCCCAGAAGGUGCUGCUGGGCUUCGUGGCCCCGCUGGCAAUCAUCUCGGCCUGCUACCUGCUGCUGCUGCGCUUCAUCACCUCCAAGAACACCAACACGUCCAGCGCCAAGCGACGCGCCAAAGUCACCAAGUCGGUCACCAUCGUGGUGCUCUCCUUCUUCCUGUGCUGGCUGCCCAACCAGGCGCUCACCGCCUGGGGGAUCCUCAUCAAACUCAACGUGGUGCACUUCACCUACGAGUACUACACCACGCAGGUGUACGUCUUUCCCGUGUCGGUGUGCCUGGCGCACUCCAACAGCUGCCUCAACCCGGUGCUCUACUGCCUGAUGAGGCGGGAGUUCCGCAAAGCGCUCAGGAAGCUUUUCUGGAGGAUGACCUCGCCCGCCAUGACCACCAUCAGACCGUUCACCGGCAGCACCAAGCCCGAGGGCGAGGAGCGGGGACACGGCUUGGUGCCUCUCAAUUGCCCCGGGGAGCCAGCGGUGGUCUUCUACCCUCCUGGGGCGGCCAUGUAGAUCCAUGGUGACUAUAGAUCAGGGGUGUCAAACUCAUUUUAGCUCAGGGGCCGCAUGGAGGAAAAUCUAUUCCCAAAGGGGCCGUAAUGGUAAAAUCAUGGCAUGAUAACUUAAAGAUGAAGUGAAGUGAAUUAUAUUUAUAUAGCGCUUUUCUCUAGUGACUCAAAGCGCUUUACAUAGUUAAACCCAAUAUCUAAGUUACAUUUAAACCAGUGUGGGUGGCACUGGGAGCAGGUGGGUAAAGUGUCUUGCCCAAGGACACAACGGCAGUGACUAGGAUGGCGGAAGCGGGUAUCGAACCUGGAACCCUCAAGUUGCUGGCACGACCACUCUACCAACCGAGCUAUACCGCCUAGAUAAAGACAACUCCAUGCAGGUUGUUUUCUUUGUUUUACUUUGACCAAUCCAUCCAUUCAUUUUCUACCGCUUGUCCCUUUUGGGGUCACAUGGGCAGCUUGGUGCCUCUCAAUUGCCCCGGGGAGCCAGCGGUGGUCUUCUACAAUCCUGGGGCGGCCAUGUAGAUCCAUAGUGACUAUAGAUCAGGGGUGUCAAACUCAUUUUAGCUCAGGGGCCGCAUGGAGGAAAGUCUAUCCCCAAGGGGGCCGUAAUGGUAAAAUCAUGGCAUGAUAACUUAAAGAUAAAGACAACUGCAGGUUGUUUUCUUUUUUUUUUACUUUGGCCAAUCCAUCCAUCCAUUUUCUACCGCUUGUCCCUUUUGGGGUCACAUGGGCAGCUUGGUGCCUCGUCAAUUGCCCCGGGGAGCCAGCGGUGGUCUUCUACCCUCCUGGGGCGGCCAUGUAGAUCCACGGUGACUAUAGAUCAGGGGUGUCAAACUUAUUUUAGCUCAGGGGCCCCGUGGAGGAAAAUCUAUUCCCAAAGGGGCCGUAAUGGUAAAAUCAUGGCAUGAUAACUUAAAGAUAAAGACAACUGCAGGUUGUUUUCUUUGUUUUACUUUGGCCAAUCCAUCCAUCCAUUUUCUACCGCUUGUCCCUUUUGGGGUUGCGGGGGGAGCUGGAGCCUAUCCCACCUGCACAUGGGCAGUUUGGUGCCUCUCAAUUGCCCCGGGGAGCCAGCGGUGGUCUUCUACCCUCCUGGGGCGGCCAUGUAGAUCCAUAGUGACCAUAGAUCAGGGGUGUCAAACUCACUUUAGCUCUUUUUUUUUUUUUUAAACUGCUGCGAAAAUGCUAUUUAAAGAUCCUCUAUGUCAGUGGUCCCCAACC